AUGCGAAAGCGGUAUUAUGAUAUCGGGCGUAGGGACUUAUACGGCCUGUAUGCGUAUGCAUAUGCAUACGCCACCGCUCUUUUCGUGCUGAUCGCGGCACUGGCUACCGGCCAACAGCAGCCUCCGAACGUAUCCAAAAGUGUCUUUGUCGGGGGCGCGCAGAACCAGGAUCCGUUGGCGGUACUGACAUCGAUUCCUCCUCCUUCUGGGAAGGAAGCCCCACGCGCGUCUGCCUUGGAUUUGAAGAUAUUUGCUGAGGAUCCAGACUGGGCCGCCAAGGUGGAAGACUUCAUGGUCGGGGAGGGAGAGGACCAGCACGGUAUCGAGAGCGCCUUGGAUCAAGUGCGCCAUGUGUCCUGGGCCGCAGGCCGAACAUUGCGACGUAAACUUGUUGUGCUACUUGCUUUCGCACAGGAUGCGCGAUCCGACAGGCUGGCUAAAGCGGUUUUGGCAGCGUCGAGGCAUACCACCAAUGCAGACCUUGUGCUCGUCGCUGAUGGGUUCGAACUGGACAUGGCGACAAGAGAAACGGUGAGGGGCGUGCUUGCCAAUGGAGGAUGGAAAAGUUUCACUGCGAUCGAGGUGACAGAAUUCGAAGGCUUUUCUUCUGCCAUCAACCGAGCCAUGAAGACCGCAUCUGGGAACUCAGUGGUGGCCGUGUUGCCCACGUCAUUCCUGUUGCUCCCCACCACCGCCAACGGGCCCUCCGCUCCACCGACCUUGAACCGGAAAAACAAUCGUGGAAGCGUCAACAACGAUAUCGGUGGCGGGGGGAUAGCAAGCGACAUUUUUGUUGCCUAUGAACGACUCCGGGCAACCACACUCCCCCCACGGAAGGGAUUGAACUCGACGAUUUCCGGUACUCCGUCGCCUCGGGGAGAUACAGGAGAGUCCGAUAUUCGCGUUGACGGCAGGGAAAAAUGUGCCGACACGGAGGGGGGGCGGUAUGACGAGUAUGGUCGGGUCCACCACCACAGCAACAUCGGAGACAAGGGCAAAGGCUUGCUUGUCACUGCAUCACUCUCACGGGAAAGGCAAAGGCUAGAUGAUCAGGACGUCCCAACCGCAUUAGAUGAAGACGGUCCCAGAAGGGUACCUGCAGUAGAGGAAGAGGCGAAACAUGCACAGGACUGGAGCGAGGAAGUCAACGACUCAGGGCGGGCAUACUCAACAGCGGGUUCGUUGCGGGCACCGUCACCACCACGGCAACCACCGGGUAUGAGGCUGAGCGACGUGGCGCCCUUGCCUCUUCUCGUGUUCGAUACCGAAACCUUCUUGGCCCUCGGGGAGCUCGACGAACGUUUUGCCUUUCAGGGCGGUGUCGCCGAGUGGAUCAAUAGAGCGAAACUGGGGAGCACCCACGGCGGUACCAGAAAAAAUGCUCUGAGCGAUGACUACGGUGGCCAAACUUCUUGCCGGCGACACCACAGGUCAAGUGCCAGGACGCAUGCAACAAAGGGUGGUGGAGGCUCUACUGGAUGCUCCAGUUCUGACGGCGCUGUGCAACAUGUGCACGAUUAUGAUUGGGGCAUACAGUAUGUCGUGUCUUGGCCUGAGGAUGAUAUGGGUUUUGACGAAGCUAAGCAACCAAGAGGUUCCACCGACCAGUUCUUGAAAGAUGCAGGCCAUGCCAGGGGGGAUCCACUUAGCAAUGGUGUGCAACGGGUUGGAGUUGAGAAAAAUACUCUUCAGCGUCAAGGUGGUGGCGAGGACGAAUUUCGCAGGCGGGAUGGCUUUGAAGAUCCGCACGCAACCGGCGAGGUCGUAAUUGACCAAUGGCAUGGAUUACCUCCCGCGAAACUGGAGGACUUGGUUCAAUCCGAUGCCGACUUGUUUUUCUUGCCACUGCUGCUGUGGGAGCCAUCUUCAGAGGCGGUACCCAACGGCGAAAAGGACCCCAAGGAACUCUGCCUUUCUUUCCACUCGGAGUGGAUGGGGAGAUCUCCGAACGAACGUCUGGCGCGCGAGGCUCUGGACAGACGGAAACGAUUCCCCGUGGCGGUGGUCGUCGUCGUGCACGACGACAUUUCCCUGAUGCGCGCCGUUCUGGAAGAGGUUGCGGCAGUGGUGGAGCACAUCCUAGUCGUCGUGAGCGUGAGGCCAUGGCACGGGUCUGCCACGGACGUUUCUCCUACCUUGAGAAUGCUGGAAUGCAUGCUUCAGGAUGCCGACUCUCCCACUCGCGGCAAGCUUCGGGUCGAGGUCGGAUCCUGGGCCACAGAACGCGAGCAACGAGAGUACGGAAAUGCUAUAAUCAAGGAAGAUAUCAGGAACUUCUCCAGGGUUGUAGUCCUGGACACGGACGAGUUCUGGCAUCCUGUGGAACUUGCAAAGGCUCUAGCGCUAGCCGCGCAACAGCACAAAGCGGUGCUCGCUCAAGCGGAAAUGGACACGUAUUGGGCGAGCGUGAGGUCGGUGGUAUCUCCGCCGGAGAAGCUGCAAGCUCUUUGGCUGGUUGACCCUCGCCGUUGUGUGUGGACCCAAUAUCGAGAGGUUAUUUGUGACAUCGAGUUGGGGGAAGAGCACCACACCGCUUUGCGCCUACAGAGAGACGAUGCGGUGCUUCAUCACUUGAGCUACGUUAGGGUGGAAGAAGACAUACGACGAAAAAUGGCAACAUUUUCGCACGCCGGAGAGGAACAGAGUGGAUGGUACGAGAGAAGCUGGCUUGGCUGGGCGGCCAACAACUCACUGACAGAUCUCCAUCCUGUGAUUCCUGUGGCUUAUAAGCGGGUCGUGCCACAGCCCUUGUUUCGACUUACUCCGGCCCUGCGCGCCCUCCACCUGGACGCGAAGAAGGGCAGAGAAAGUAUCGGUACCUUCAACGCUCCGGACGAGCGCUGCACUACGCCUUCGCCAGAUGGGGCAGCUGCGGUGGCGGGUAGCGCCAACCCCGCCAGCGUGUCGAGGGUCCGGGGAGGCGUUCAUCGGGCCGAGAACGAGCUUCUGGAUGGAUUUUUGGACGGGACGGUAGAUCGCUUCGAAGAUAGUAUUAAAGGAAAAGCCUACUCGGAGUCGGGUAGGCAGCCUAGCAUCAGCGCUGGUGAGGGCGCAGAUCACAACAUCAAUGGUGGAAACGGCCGUGAGGAUGAUAGCAGUAGGAAAGGAUUUCGCCAAGGUGUACGGGGAUGCGAGACAACAGUGUUCGAGGAGUGGACCGAACGGCAGCGUACGAUGUGCCUUAUCCCUAACACCGGGAGGAUGGUAUCUCAAUAA